UAAUAAGGAGGCGAAGUCCAAGAGACAUCCAUUUCAUCUAGCAAUGCUGGAAAGUACCUAAUAUUCAUUGGUAUUUAGAAGUUUAGCCAGCAUACAUCAUGUUCAAGAUAGAGUCGUAUCUUACCCCACUGUUGAUGGGUUAUCUUGACAAAUAUGUGAAACUCCGGCCUGAUGACUUCCAACUGUCACUCUGGGGUGGAGAUGCCGUUCUAUACAACCUGGACCUCAGACUUGACAUUAUAGAGAAGGCUAUCCAGCUGCCCAUAGUCUUCCAGAGCGGACAUAUCCAUGAACUCCGCCUGCAUGUGCCUUGGACAAAGCUAGGCUCAGAUCCUGUAGUCAUUACCAUCAACACAAUAGAAUGCAUUCUCAAGGUUCGAGACACAGCGUACAGAGAGAGCAGUCCUAAAGCUGGAGCCACAACGCCAGGAAAGCCCAGUCAGAAACUGAGGGCCAGAAAACAGGACAGUCAGGACCUUCCUCCAGGUUAUCUGCAGAGUUUGAUGAACAAAAUUGUGAACAAUGUAAACAUCAUCAUCAACAAUCUCAUCAUCAAGUUUGUGGAGGAUGACAUUGUCCUCUCUCUAAAUGUAAAAUCUGCAGAGAUCUACAGUGCAAACAAGAAUUGGGAGAGAGCCUUUGUUGAACUCACAGCUCCAGACUUUGUUUUAAGAAGGGCUAUAAAUUUCAUUGACCUGACCGUCUGUCUAGAUAAGAGGGAUGCAAGUGGGAAAAUAGAGACAUACCAAGAUCCCAUGGCAUACAGGUGCAGUAUAGCUUGUCGUCUGUACUCCAAGUUUGAAAACCUGCAUGCAAAGUUCCCCCUGGAAACCAAGUUCAACAUUUACUGUGAGCGAGUGGACAUCUCAUUGACAGACACUCAGUUGCCCAUGGUGAUACGACUGGUGGAGCUUGCUAUGGCCCUGUAUUAUGGGACAUUCCAGUUCAGGAACCAGUCUGUGGAAGAAGAACCACAGCAACAAGAUGUGCUCAGAGAGUCCAAAAGUGACACAUCAGUUGGUGAACCUCCCCCUGAGGAAGGUGACCCUGGAUCUCAGAGCUGGACGUCGUGGGCAUGGUCGUACGUGCCCCAGAUCCUGCCAGAGGAGGGGGAGGAGGCUACACCCAGCCCUCGUAGGAAACAAACACCAGCACUCUUCUCAUUUGGCAUGUUUGCCUUCAAGCUCACGGUCAAGUUUAAGCUGACGGAGUACCUAAAGGAGAAGGCACACUAUGGGCCUAGGAAGGUUGUGUUCCGGCCAUUCCUGUACCUGGAGGCUGAAGGCCUUGCCCUGGACACCCUCAUGCAGGGCCUCAACUUCUUCAACUCUCAGAUCGGCAUCACAAACCUUGCUGUGUACUCACAGGGUGUCUGUAUCUGCGGGGCGGAGGGUGAGGAAAAUGCCAGGAACCAUCUGCUAUUGUCUGGAGGAGACAACCUUGCCACCAAGACGAGUUCCAACUACAUCUGCCAGUCACUGUUUGACGCACAGAGCCCAGAAAACCUCGGCAUUCCUAUAUCCAAGAUUCUUGACUUUGAUGAACACAGACAGGUGUGCACAGAGCAGUAUGGCAGCCAGAAGUUUGGAGUGUUCUGGAUGGACUAUGUGUACGGAAUGGACAAAUCCAGGGAACCCUCAGAUGAAAGUAGCAGAUCAUCUGUGUCGAGUAAAGACGAAGGCCAUGUGUUUGAGAAGGAAAAAAGUCUGAACCGUUAUGUAGUGGGUCCGUGUAACUUGAACAUAUCCAGCACCACAGUUCAUCGUGUACAGAAGUUUCUCGACGCAGCAUACAAGUACGAGUAUGAGCCAUACAGCAAGACAGAGGAAGAGCGUGUGGACUCGAGCCGACCUCAUCCAACAGAAGAUCAGCUUGCAUCACUGGAGGAGAAUAUUCCCGUGCGCACAACCCACCUCGCUAUUCUUCAGCCAACUGUCUCCUUCCUCGCUGCAGAACACCCUUACUGCGACGUGGCAAAGAAGACAUACAGGUCACACCAGCAAAAGCCCCGCCCUGGUCAGCAGCCCCCUGUGCUAUCGCCACUGUUUGGCAUUCAGUGUGGGAGUUCCAGGUUUGACCUCCAGACAACCUCCCCAAUGUGGCCACGUCACCUUGUCAAGCUGGUCAGCAAGAUAGCGGGCCCGCCAGCCAACCUCGUACACCACUGCCACUCACACACUCAGCUCAAGUUGUUUGGUUUCCAUGUGGGAGUGGUGAAGGUUGAUUCUGCAGGGACAAGGUCCCCGUUAAUCUCACUGGUGCCUCCAACCAGUGGUGCCAUGUACACACGCAGGCUUAUACUUCCUAUGUACUGGAGUAACAUCUACUUGCCCAAGAUAGAAAAGAUGUAUGAGCUACCACAGGUGUCUGUCCGUGUGUCCAAGCCUGCCCUGCAUGUCAUCAUGGCAAUAGUAUCGUCAUGGAAACAGAAUAAUCCCAAACCUGCUGACAUCAUGGCGUCUUCAUUGUUGGAAGAUUUGUUUCCAGAGUCAGAAGCCAGUCCCAACAAUGAAUAUCCAGAGUUAGAGGUUCGUUUGGUGGGCCUUGAGGUGAAGACCUGCCGGACAGAAGUAAUCACAGCUACAUCAGGAAAUGUGGGGUCUCUGCAUGUCCUUGUACACAAGCAGGGUCAGCAGACGGUGCGUGCAGGUCUGCCUGUCUUUUCGUGCCCGAGUGACACUGAGCACCUGCACACAACUGAAUGGCUGAUGGGAGAGAACUCUUCAUCAGAGAAUGGAGAAAAUACUGACGGCCUCACUUUUACCUACCAACUACCCAGGAAAUAUAACCAGGUCCAGGCCCCUGCUGUGGUGUUGUUGAACAUGGAGGGCACGGCAUGUAGUCUGGACCCCGGCCUGCUAGACUGGCUCUCCUACAACCCAAGAGUGAAGGUCAGCAGGCAUGAACACAAGGUGGAACUCAACCUGGAGCUGGCUAAGGCUGCAUCCCCUCUCCAGACAAACAUGUCCCAAGUGUCAGUUCCAUCCAGUGGGUCAAAGCAGCAGACGUCAAUGAAUUUGACUAGGAGCCAGACUACUGGUGCCCAGUCUACCUUGCCAGCAACUAAACCAGACGACUCACAAGCCAGGAAGCAGGGACCAUCCAGUGUUGGGGAAAGACUUGCUGAAAUGUUCCCCUUGAUCAGAGUCCUACAAGUACAGGUUGACAUCAAGAAGAUAUGUGUGUUUAUUCCAAGACAUCAUGUUGACCUCCAUGACCCAAGUGUUUGUAUUGUGGAGAACUACAGACAGUUGUCAAGGUCACAGUUGCUAGGAGAUACAGGGGUUUUAUGUCUGCCCCGGGUCACCGUACAGAGUGCCGGGCUGAAAACCAUGGCCUUUGUCCAGGACCUGCCCAUCACAACAGUGGACGGCUCUCUCAUUGGUGACAAGAUUCCGUGGAAUGUGAACCUCCAGAAUUUCUGCUUGUACACCCUGCAUGCACACACUACCAUAGGUAAUAGGAGUGAACUGCCCCUGAGAGCUUUCAAGCUAGUGAAACCAGCUACAGUCACCAGCACAGUGGGUGUCAGCUACAAGUACAAUCCUCCAACCUCUGAUAACAUCUCCUCUCUGGGGCUGUGUCUUCAUACAGACAUGAAGUUUGUAACUGUGGCCACAUCAUUUGAGCAGUUGAAACUGGUGAUGGAUGUUGCCUCACAAUCUCAGAAGAUAGUCACCAAAACUCUAUCUUUCCUGGAUGGGGUAUCAAAAUCAAUGACAGCAGAAAAAGUCGAAAAAGAGAAGCCUCCAUUUGGCCUACAGCAGACAACUAGUUCAUCCAAUCUGCUUCAUUCAACCAAUCAGACCAUCAGUGCUGCCUCGGUCACUGAGAACGAUCAGACCACCUCUGGUGACCUUGCCUCAAUAGAUACGACUGCCAGCAGGGACCUAGAGAUUAUAGAUACUCCCACUGAGGGGGUCAAGUUGUCACUAUGGUUACAGUGGACCCUCCCAAAAUGUGAACUAAAAAUGUUCAUUAAUGGAAAGAAAGAAGAGUGUCUGGUUGUGGCCUUGCUGGAAGAUAUAACAUUGUCUGUGGACGUCCAGGAUGUGUACUCUAAGCUGAAACUGAAUCUUGGGGCAACAACUCUCUCACACAAGUACAGGAACAGUACGAAGGAAGACUGGAAGGCUGGCAGUCAUGGAGGGAUACUGAUGUCCAGCAAGGGGAGUCUGUCACAUGACACCCACAUCAUCACGCCCCGCUCCUGGUCUAGCGACCAUCACCAUGGCAACAUGGGGCAGGGUGGAGCUCCCAUGUAUCCUAGCAACCCAGCCAGCAGGGAGGCUGGCCAUGGAUUCCUCAAUGUAACAUUCACUCAUGCACUCAGAAGGAACCUGAAGCAACGCCUGAAGAAGAUGAAUAUUGAGGUGCCUACAUGUGAACCGAAUGAGAAUGGGGACUUGUUUGGGAAGUUUUUCUACCAUAAGUAUGUCAGUGAGUUGUGUGUAACCGUGGGACCUUGUGAUAUAAUUCUGUGUAUGGACCCUGUUUCAGCGCUUAUGUAUAGUCUCACAGCUUUACACACCAAGAAAGUUAAAACAGAGACACCUAAAGUUGAAAGCUCUCCUAAUGAGGAAACCCCACUUCCACUGCUGACCUCCAGCAACCUGCCACUGAUAUACGCAGAUGUUUCCUGUGCCAGGCUGUUCCUACCUGGCUUAGACUGUGAACAAGUCAGUAAGGAACAGAUUGUCACAACCAGGAACCAUGACAUGUUUUUACUAGAGGUUCAGUCGUUGACAAUGACACCCCAUGCAGACAACCCCCUUCCUCGUUACCCAGUGGACCGGGACCUUUACCACCAAGCUGUCCAGGCUGGUGUCACACAGGACUCUGGAGCGGCUCUUACUGACCGGCAGUACCAGGUCGAUGUCAAGGGCUUCAGUCUUUCAUCAGGGUGUUGGGGUGAGUUCACAUCACGCCUACAGGAGAGUGUUACCCAGCCUGCCAUGACUACGGGAACACAGAUACCAGCAGUUGAAUGGAAUACCAGGAAUGUCAGGUCUUCCAUCGAGGAGAUCACACUGUUCCCAAUUGUCUCCCCCUGUGAGUUACGUCUGGUGCUUGCCCCCGCCAUGGUCAACCUCCAGCCAUCCGCAUACAAUACUCUACUGAAAAACCUGGUUUGUGGCUACGGUUUUGAAUUUAAUGUAGUAAGUGACCUUGAACUGUAUGUGAGCACCAAUCAGCUGUUGUUAAUGAACCAAAAGGUCAAGGACAUUAUGAAAUCUGUGAUGCCUGACACUGAUUUUCAUGGGGCUAACUCAGAAGAAAAAGAUUCUAUCCAUGACAGUGGCAUAGGUAGUGAAGUUUCGAACACAACCAUGCAAAAAAACAAAAAUCAAAGUAAAGAUCAAAGAUCAAGUGCAGAUAGAUCAAUGACCUUGACCCCUAUUGAUCUGCUUUUAACUGCUGGCAGAAUUUCUAUUCAAGUGUACACUCAUGAAAUGACAGAGAAAGAAAUCAAAAUAAAUAAGUCUAAGUUUCACCAAGAUCAAAGACAAGAGAAGAAAUCCAAGCAGGACUUGGAAUGGAAAGUAGAACCAGUUUCACGCAGUGAACUUGAUAAUGAUGAAGGUCAUCGGGAAUCAGAUGGCAGUUUCCAUGAGCCAUACCUAAUGCAUAUGUAUGAGCAUGAAAGGGAAAAAGAGGGCAGAGUGAUAGAGGCGGGAACUGUGUGUAUCCGGCCAUUCCUAUUUGUGUAUGUCUCCCAGCCUCAUACUGUUGUGGCCCUGCAGAAGGAACAUCAGAAGUUUGAGACCUCCAGCUAUGAUGUACUGAUAAAGGGAGCUGACCCUUCCAACCUUAUAUGUGUGUCAGAAAGUAAGUUGUUGCCUGACUGUUCUGACUACCCCGUAUACUGGCUGGAGACCCGGGCAGGCAAGCCCAGCCCACAGACUGGCAUACCCCCAAGUCUGUACACAUUGGGAAUGGCAGACUUUCUCCACAACCCAGCAAACAUCUACAUGAGGUUAGAAAGGCCAGUGCGAGCCUCACUGUCAUUUUCCCGAGCACAGCAGAUUAUGGGUUUCCUGCAUACAGUGUUCCCUGCCAGGCCAGCUGGGAACCAGGCCACGAAGCAGACACAGGGAACAGAGGCAGAAACAGCUGGCCCUACACAGGAAUUGGACUUGUUUAGGCAGGUGAACACAAUCUCAGUUCAGACAGAGCAGGUUGUUGUUUCCAUGGAGACAAGGUCAUGUGAGGAGCAGCCAGAGGUCACCACAGCCUUAAGUAACCUCCAGGUGCAGGUUGGCUUCACCCAUGGAGAGGCAGGAGAGGUGACAGGGAUGGUAAUGAAUUCGUACCUGCGGGAUUUCCUUGUGAAGACAUCUUACAACCAGCAACAGCUCUACCUGCUGGGGCCCUGCUCACUGAAGGCAGAUGGCACAUACACACUCAUCACCCACGACAACACCCACUUCCUGUCCCAGUGCAUGCUCACCAUGGCAACUGGGAUGGUCACAAUGCACAUAGGCCAGGAACAUGUCCUCUGCUUGAUGAUGAUAGCUGACCAUAUGGCACAGUUUUCAAAGGAGCUGUUUCCAAAGGCUGAGAAACUGUCUCCACCUGAGGAUUCUACAUUUGAAGCAGACCUUCAGGAGAGACCUGACCGUGUUAUGUCCACCCAGGAGUUUGUGGUCCACAGCUCCACGGAUGACCUCCGCAGUGGCCAAUACCAGUACAGGAUGGACAAUGAGGGCUUGGAUCUGGUACCAAGUGUAGGAGAAAUAGUGUUUUGUAACCUCGACAAGGAAGGCAACUCCAGUAUGACCUGGAGUUACAAUAUUCCUAGAGUUGUCUCAGCAUUGUCUUCAACUCCAGUCCCAUUUAACGCAGAUGAAACAACAGAUGAAGGCAAUACAGUAUUGUGCCGGCUGCAGUACUGGGAAGGUCUCAUCCAGCAGUUCAUGGACUAUGGGGAGAUGAGACUGUCAGAGAACGAUGUGUCUAAUAUGGCUGUCCCUGAGGUGCGACAUGCAGACACACAGGACAUUGUAGCCGCUCAGAUAUGGAGGAUUGUCAUCAAGAAUGAAGACCGUCCUGCGUUGGUGAUACCAGCUUCCCUGGCAGCGUCAGUGCAUGUGGACUCGUGUUUUGUGCCCAGCCUCAUUCCCAGUCUACAACUAGGGGUCACUCUAGAGGCUCUAUAUGUACAUGCCAGUAACCAUGUACGCUGCCUCGGCAAAGAAAUACCGACAAGAUUGAGACCAUUCUUCUUGAACCCUGGCCUACAGCCGACAGGAGAAUUUGCAGUUGUCUCCUUUGACGAUGUCCUGGUGGCGGCACAUCAGUGGGCGGGGCCACAGGGAAAAACACAGAUACAGUUUUCCAGCGAGGGUUGUAUGGACGUGCUGGAGUACCGGUGCCUCACCAUGGACAGGGUGAUCUCCCCUGUUGAGUUCUCUGGUACAGCGACGAUUCAGACACACAACAAGGUUGGAGUGUAUGACCUUGACUUGACAGUUGACCCAUUAACCCUCAGUGUGGGACAGGGGACUAUUCACAGCCUCACAUGUGCUGCCCAGGCAUGGAAACAGAUAAUCAAAGCUGAUCGUAGCGGGGAAGACAGUGUGAUAUUCAGUCACUAUGUGAUCUGUAAUGACACACAGCAUGCUUUAAGGUUUGGUCAGGUGGGAACAGAUGAGAAUCUAGUGCUUCAGCCCCGAGAAAUGCACCAGUACAGCUGGAGGUCACAAAAGGUCAAACAGGAACUUCAUAUGUGUGUGGAUGGGAGUGUCUGGAAAUGGUGUGGGCCUGUCAGUCUUGACCGGCCAGUCACCCUUGUGAGGUCGGUCAUCUCCACUGACCAUACAUACACACUCGUCAUCACCAUCACACAACUCUCCAAUGUACAAGUCCAGGUGGUGAUAUCUGGGUUGCUGACGGUCUCUAACAGGCUGUCUCACCACUGUGAGGUGAAGGUUGUUGCCACUGAAAUGAACAAGGAAGUAGAGCAUCAGGCAGUGGCUGGUGCCCAGCUCACAGUGCCUUCAUACAUCCUAGAGCCCAGGACCAUCCAGGGGAUCAGGAUCAGGCCCUGGGGGUCAUCAGGGCCAUGGUCAAAUGUGGUGUCUGUGUUUGGACAGAACAGGAAGGACAACACUCUUGUUAAGCUGACCAAUGGUGAAAGAACUUAUCAUGUUUGGUGCCGAGUGAUUCCACAUACAUUCCAGAAUAUACAGCAAGUGUUUGUAGUGAUAUGUCCCCUGUACACUGUGAGGUCCCACCUGCCCCAGCCCCUGUAUGUGAACGUAGACACAGUGAAGCUGGGCCUCCAUGAACAGGUGCCCGCCCCAGGAAAGGGCUUCAGCACCCAGCUACGGUGCCCCGGUGGAGACCUUCACCAGGCCCUCACAUUCCAGUUCAGUGGAAAAUCAGGCAAGUCAAGUAGCAGUGUGACUCUGUCUACUGGGCUCAUAGACCAACUUCAGCGGGCUCCUGAAGGGACGUUUGACCCCGCAACCUUGACAUCUUACACACGGGACCAAAGCUGGCAGUCUUGGCCAUACAUACAGGAACUGAACACAGAGGAUGUUUGCAUGCCAGAGAGCCAGAACACUGUCAUUUCAGAAAUGGCCAUGGAGAACCAGCCUACCAUUGACUUGAAUGUUAGCUUGGGGGAGCUGUGGGCCGGGUAUCGCACAGUGCUUGUUGAUGUUGCCCCUAGUUACCUCAUCACCAAUGGUUGUGACAUUGACCUUGUCUUUAUGGGCACUGAGGAUAUCCAGUAUGACAUUCACAAAGGGCAGACCAUAUGCCCUCCAAAGCUAGAGAAUUGUUUCCACCUUGGAGCGAGGCUAGGAGGCAGUGUGCACAUAUCUGAGCCAAUUCCUGUGUCGGAGGAGGAGCUCCUGUCCCAGCGUUACCGUACUGAUGUCGGUAGAACCCUUUACAUUGACUCCUGGGUCCAUAUGCCAAUAUUUGCACAUGUUAACGGAUCUGUGCUGGUGUGUUACCUGACAGUAACAUCCUCUCAGCACAACAACGUACGGGUGUUACAUAUCCGGGAACAAUAUCAAAUGACUAACCUAACCCCCUACACCCUGGCUUUGAACCCGUUCUCUGUGCCUGCAUGGAGUGACAAGGUUACAGUUAAACAUUCCAUCAGCAGUAUUGUACAAAGUCACUCAAGCUGUGAUAGAAAACAGAGUGAUCUUCACCCCAUAACAUUCCAGCCUUUAUUAUUGGUGCAAAACAGUAACAAGAAAGCUGACAUAGACCACAAAACAGAUAUAGUCAAGUAUGUGUCUGUUGGAUAUUUACCAAAGGAUAAAAGUAAUAAAACAACAUCAUACAGCAAUGAAGAGAAUUCUGCUGUACAAGAAGCCUUUUCUGAUUGGUCGUUUCCAGUGCGGCUACUCUCCAGUGAUGGAGGUAGGAGGAUGACCUUGACUGUGGUGGUGAGGGAUGGGGAGAUUGUGACAUACCGUGCCCUGUGUGUGUCCGGAGUGGAGGAACAGGGGAUGACUUACCUCUCAGUACAAGUGGACAAGGCUCCGGCAUGUCUCCUGGAAAAUCAAUGCAGCUUCCCACUAUUCUUUGGACAGACACUGAUGAACCUCUCCUUAAAAGGAGCAACAAUCCAGGAGGAAACAGAGUUGAUCGCUGCAUUGCCAUUAAUUCCUGUAGGUGGCAGCACAUACUACACUCCUCCCCUCCUCAACACACAGUUUCCUCAACUCAUAGAUAAACGAGCCAUUCCAAAAGUACACAUUGCUGGCAUGUUGCCAAAUAACAGGGACCAUUCAGAUCUCAACAUUUUAAAAUGGAGUCAUUCAAUAGAUUUACAUAUUGCAGCAGACAACUUUAUAUCUUUGCCCGGAGUUGCAGAUGUCAAAGUUCAUGUUCAACAAGUUGCAAUGGUUACAAUUGUAAGCAUUGCCCCAGUAACCAAAGCUGAUGUGUCUGCUAAAGAAAUCAGAAGUAGAUUGACUGGAAAAGAACGAACAAUAACUGUAUCAAACCAGUCUGAAAUCAAAGAUAUGAAUACAGAAUCAAGCCUUGUCAGUAACAAAGCUAAUAAAAUGAUGUCAGAAAAAGCCCUGAGACAAAAAAAGAAAAGAAAGACAAAAAAGUCUGCUAGAGUAUCACUUGGUGUUUUAGCAACAAAUGUGACUUUUGUUUUGCUUGAUGAAACUAGUGUUUUAGCUGUGAAGCAGGAAAUGAUCAGGUUGACCUUGAAUGACCUUUACGUUGCGACCUACCCGGCCAGUGACCUUGCAGAGCAGCCUGGUUACCAUAGAAACUGUGUGGUAGUGAGCUGUGGAGACAUACAGCUGGAUAACCAGAUGGACUAUAUGGACAACUUUGACUUCCCUGUUGUGUUUGUGAGGCAGGAAUUUGAACGGCCACCAAGUGGCAGAAAUGUGGUGCAAUUAUCUCAAAUGAAUGUGCUUGAAAAGCAUGCAGUUUUGAAAUCCACAAGCCUUAUGCAUGUACAGAUGGUAUUUGGCAGUGUAGAAGGCAGAAAUUCUGUGAUAGAAACUGUUGAAUGCUCAAUUGAACCUGUGAACAUCUAUAUAGAUGAUACAUUUAUAUUCCAGUGUAUUAAACAAGUUGGUAAACUUUUACCUGUUCCAUUGACAUUGAAAGAGCCAGUGCCAGUAAAUGUGUAUAAAGUAUCGCGGAAUGUGAGGGUUAUUUCCCAGGCUCUAAGCUGCCCAGUGGUGAUAGGUCACCUUGCAAUCCAGCCUGUGUCUAUGCUGUGCAGCAUCCAUGCCUCAAUGAAGGUGUUUAUUGCUGCAGAUCAGACACCAUUGAAGUUUGGCAGAUUUGAGAAGCUAGGAGUGUGCACUACAAGCUAUCAGCUCACAAAAGCAUUAGCCAUGCACUAUGCCUCAGGCGCACUCUUCAGAGCUGGAGCUGUGGUUGGUUCCCUGGAGAUCCUUGGUAACCCAACAGGUCUGGUGCGUAGUAUAGGGACCGGGGUGGCAGACUUCUUCCGGAUGCCCUACAGGGGCCUCACACGGGGACCAGGGGCUUUUGUGGUUGGCGUAUCCCAAGGGACCUCAUCCAUGGUGAAAAAUGUUACCACAGGCAUGUUAAAGUCAGUGACCAACUUUGCAUCUAGUGUAUCUCGUAACAUGGACCGUCUGUCACUGGAUGGAAGCCACAUGAGAAGACAGGAGGAGGGCAGACGACACCGCCCAGACGGGGUUGGGGAAGGGCUCAAACAGGGCCUUACUGGGCUUGGCAUCAGUGUGCUCGGAGCCAUAGCGGGACUGGCAGACCAACCAAUCCAGAGCCUGCUGCAGAUGGAGGGUGUUGCUGGGGGUCACCAGGGGUCAGCUGCCUCCAACCUCGUCACUGGCAUGGGAAAAGGGCUCAUGGGUGUCUUCACUAAACCGAUCGGGGGAGCAGCUGAGUUUGUCUCUCAGACUGGACAGGGUAUCCUACAAGGCACAGGUCUGAGUCGCCUGCCCCACCGUCAGUGUGCACCAGUGGGACUGAAACUAGAGAAUGCAACCUCUGGCCAGGUCAAAUAUGCUUUAAAGCUACUGCAGACCCUGCCAUCCAGUGACAUUCUGUGUUGUAUGCAGGCUGUGUAUAUAGACCUCACUGACUCCGAGGUGUCAGUCACCCUUAUUCUCACACCUGAAAUACUCUUUGUGAUGAGCCACGAGGAUGACAGUCAGCAGCAAUCAUUCUCCCUGACAGAGCUGGAGUGUGGUGUAACCCUGGGGGAUGACCCUACCCUCUCUCUUGUCUGGAGGGAUGCGAACACCUUCACUGAGCAACAGAAGGAAUUGACCAAUGCUGAACGGGUGACUGCCUUCAUUGAUGGAACAACAAAGUACAUGGACCGCCUUCUGAAAUCACCCAUUGAUAGUGGGGCACCCAAGCUAGCAGCAGAAAUACAGGACCAGGAACCACUCGCUGUUACAGCCAGUGAGGCACUGCAAGGGGCAGAAUAUCAGAUGGAGGGUGGCUUCCAUGGAGAGCCAUCUUGUUCACUUACAGAAGGGAGGCAAUGCUCUGAUACCCAGUCUGAUUCCAGUGUGGAUCAGGUGGAGUCUAACCUGGCCUCACUGCCUCAGUAUGACUUUAAAAUCAGUGCAACAAAAAUGGCAGCCUUCUUGGCGGUGUUUAACAUCACGAAACAUAAAUUGGAGGGAACUGGAUUUCCUGUUUGAUCCUGCACAGUUUUGUGGACAGGCACACUCGGUACAAGUGUCAAAGAAUUAGCUUCUAUUUGUGGCAUCAGGCUUAAUAUUUAUUAAAGCGAUUUAAAUUUUAUAGCCUCAAUGUUUCACUGAAAAGUGUUAAUAAUGUGAUUAAAUGUUGACUACUUUGAGCUUGAGUUUACAAAUUUCUAUUUAAUUUAGUGCCUUUCUGUUAGUGUUCAGUGUUACAUGUAGUUCUGAAAGACAAAUAAUUCUCAAUUCAUUUUUUUUUUUUUUUGAGAAAAAGAAUGUUACAAACAUGAAACUUUGAGAAAGUCCCUUCAAUGUCAGCCACAAAAGUAAGAUGGCAAGCAGAUUUAAUUGUGUGUUACAUUAAAAGUCAGAAAGAUGAAUUGCUAUAAUUCCAUCUGAUAUAGUUUAUACGCUUAGAAAAAUGAAAGAUUUUCAGUGUUUCCAGAAUAUCAUAAUCAACGCACAGCAACAAGAAUCAUGUCUGUGUAUCAUUUGGUCAUUGAUUUAUAUCCUUUUACCUUACUGCCCAUGUAGCACAGUCUCCACAGAGUCUAACUGGACAAUACAUGUCGCGUAAUGAAUGACCAUACUGUAAUUUUUUUUUUACAAUUAUUAAUGUUACACAAUGGCAUUUAAAUGGUUUUGAUUAUAUUGUAAUAUAAUGUUUCUUAACAAAUUGACAACUUUAAUUUGGAUAUUAAAAUAUGUUGUACAGAAUGAUAUACAAAUGUAAGUGAUGUUCAAAUGGUAUGAUCAGUUUAGUAUAUUACUUGUAUUUGAUUUAACGUUUUAUUUGUUGUUAAUGUUUAACCACAGAUUAGAGCGCCUUAUUUUUCAAAACAUGGUACACAAAUCUUUCCUGCAUGUAUUUUUAGUGGAAGAGGGCAGAGAGCAGGGUCUCGAAAUAAUUACACAAUACAAAAUAAAUUCCACUUGGUUACAAACAAUAUUAUCAUGUUUAUUUAUUUAUGUAUUUUCCAUGAAAUAUUGUUUAAUGAUUGUGGAAUUAGUUAUAGCAUUAUGCGUAUCACUGUUGUAGACACAAUAUUACGUGAUAGUGGGGAAUUGUGUUGUAGGGGAAACCGGAGUAUCCGGAGGUAAGCCACUUGUCAGGCUUGCUGACCACAAACAUUUUGAAAGCUAAACAUUUCUGUAUUGUGUGUGUGGGUAAAAAUGCUUUGAUUAUUAAUGUCACUUGUUUAUGACUAUUUGUGGGUUAAAUUUAAAUAAUAAUAAAAAAUAAAUUUCUUAAAACAC